AUGUCCAAUCCUCUAACAUUGUUGGCACCCAAUACAAAGGGCAUUGUAGUGAAUGCCAUGGACAUUGUAAGAAAAGAAUCCAUGAAGACAAGCAAGUUCUUUGAUGGAAUGGCCGACGACAAAGGCACAGCGUCUGCAUUUAAGCCAGCCCUCAAGGAAUGUGCAUCUGAUUUUAAGAUGGCUUCAGGAACUAUGAGCCUCAAGGUGCUUGAAGGAGAUUUUGCAACCAUGGAUAAUUGGAAGAAUUUCUAUGAUGUUGCCAAUGCGGCUGCACAAGCCCUGGAAAACCUUCAAAAGGCAACGUAUAUUUCUACGAAAAAUGGGCGUAGCAUUAUUUCAGGCUAUCUUUGGGCUUCAUCUGGGUUUUGGCUUUAUAUUUCUCCGUGGCUUCUUCACCUGUUGGACCAUGCUGAUUAUCACAACCCCACGUUUGGAACCUUAGCUGGUACUGUUGCAAUUGCUUAUUGGAUCAAGGCCUCGAUUAAUUGCACCUGGAUUCUGGAUCGUCCUCGUAAAACUUCAUCUUCCCUGUUAAGGAAUGAUAAACAAGAGAACGAGCAAUCAUAA